GUUUGGGACUCAGACAUGCACUGGCGCACGCUGGAAGCUCAGCUCAACCCUGCUUUCUCAUCACUGACAAGCGUACUGGAGAAACUAUGGUGAGCAAGGAGGCUGGGAAGUGCAUGCUCACCAACUCAGAGUCGGACUCUGAGACAGCCCCUUCUCUGGCCCUAGAGGUGAAGUCAACUCAGGACGCCAGCCGUCAGGUUCAGGUGCGCAAGCGCAACAAGGCCUUGCAGGUGCGCUUCAAGGACAUCUGCGAGGCACAGAAUGAGCAGGCAGCAGCUGCUGCAGCCGCGGCAGCAAAGGGAGGUAAGCCAGGGUCCUACAAGGUGCCCUACCGGAAAUACAUGACGGUCCCUGCCAGGCGCUCCAUCCCCAAUGUCACCAAAAGCACGGGUGUCCAGACCUCCCCAGACUUGCGCAAGCGAUACCAGACUUUCCCGUUUGAGAGGAAGAAGGGCCACACCAUCAAGCAUGCAGCAGCCGUGGAGCCUUUACGGGGUCAGGACAAUGGCUUUGUGAUUGAUGUGAAGCGGGCUAAGGGUGCCGAGUACCCCGCAGAGGCCGGGGCAGGGUCAUCGCGCAGCAGCAGUUGCGGGCGGACGGAGAAGACGCGCGCCCAGCUGCACACCUGCGUGGCCACGGUGGAGCACCACCCGCGGCGGGACGACUGCGCCGACGGGCCACUCUCCUCCGACUCCAUCCUGCUCAGCUGCUCGGCAGACGAGGGCGACACGGCGGCCAGCAUCAGCACGGACGAGGCCGCGGACUACCAGCUCUGUGGCGCCAAGAGUAAAAGCCACCGGAGCCUCCACCAGCACGAGCACGACAUCACAGCCUCUAAGAGGCUCAACUCAGAGGAGCCGGGCUCCAGUAGGGGCCAGUCGGACACGGGGUCGAAGGUCACAGGCCCCAUCGCCUGGAACUCCCUAACGCAGGUGGAGUGCCUGGAGAGCCCGUCGGCGCACAGCAAGCGGAAGAAAGGCUUGCAGCUGAACGGGCUGCAGUCGCAGACGCUGCCCCGCACCAGCUGCACCACGCAGGCGCAGUGCCACGCGGGCACCCUGUCUGCGCGGCCGCUGCGUGCCAUGGAGGAGGUGGUCAGGGACACCGCCGCGGCCUCCGCUGCGUCCGAGAGGAGGGCAGCCGGAGCAGCGGCCGCAGGCGGGGAGGCAUGCAAACAGAUUGUGCCCGUCAAUCCGGACGGGGACCUAAAAGCACAGCUUCAGACCAUGGAGACCAUGAUCAGCUCCAGUCAGGAAACCAUCAAAGUGCUGCUGGGCGUCAUUCAGGAGCUGGAGAAGGGCGAGGCCCACAGAGAGGGGCUCUCCUAUCGAACGGGACAGGACACGGCCAACUGCGACACGUGUCGGAACAGCGCAUGCAUUAUUUACAGUGUGGAGCUGGACUUCAAGCAGCAGGAGGACAAGCUGCAGCCGCUGAUGAAGCGCCUGUGCCCCACCGACGACUCGCCCUUCCCCUCCCUGCCUUACAGCCACGAAGCAUUCACCUCCACCCCCAAGCGCAAGGCCAAAGCCGAGGCCAAGAAGCACGGGCGCUGGAAACUCUGGUUCCUCUGACUCCACCCAGCACUCCGCACCCACCCCGACGCCCUCCAUGAGGACGAGGCCCCUGGGCCCCAAGCCCCGCUCACUCAUCAACUCUUCACUUGGAUCCAGACAGUAAACGAAUAUAUUUCAAAUAAGAAGUUAGAACCAGUGGUUCUGACAGCCAAUGACCCACGACUCUGCUCGGUCCGCACCCGGGAGUUCUCCACCUGGAGGUCAAAUGACAUGGGCUGCACUGAGCGCGGGACGGAGGGGGGGAGACUGUCACAGUGUUGCUGACAAUUGAUUUGUUUGCUUUUUUGGUCACGGUUCCCAAAAAGGAUUGAAUUUUAUUUUUGAACUAAUUUCCUGAUGUUGAGCGUGAAAUUACACCACGGCAACUUACUUGCAGAUCAGCAAGGUGAGAAGCAAAAUUGGAUUAACUUGAUCUCUUUUUUUUCUCAUGCGGUUCAUGCCUAUGGACUUACAAUUCGGUAAUUAUAGGCUACAAAUACCUCUUUUAAUUACUGUUUGAGCUUCAUUUGAAUGGGACAUUUCAUUACUCUCUUAUUGGAAGCAAGCAACAGGAGAUGGCUGAUCGAAAGGAGAGAGCAGUCUCAUUUUUCUUUUUUGAAUAAUCUACACUAACAGCAUAUCAGCAUAAUGACAAAGCACAAAUUUCAGAGUGGCUAGAGACAUGGUCCCUUAAGACUAAGGUAAGAAGAGUGAUCAUUCUGCAGAACAAGAAGAGGACUAAUGGAGGAGCCAUCACAAAUAUCAGGACAGAUGUGGAUUAUAUUUUGAUAACCUGAGACAGUGGUGGAGAAGAGGUUUUGACUGAUGGGAGUUUGUAGAUCUGGAUCUCUAGUACAUUUCACUUCAUCCACUGACUUUGAAAAGAAGAAAAUAUACAGAAUACACAACGAACACUUAUUUUUCUAGAUUCAUCUGUUAAAGCAUCUACGAAACGACAUGCUUUUCUAUAAACAUAUAUAAACUAUAUCUCACUUAUCAGAUUUAUUGGACUGUGAGGCUGCUGUCAAAUUGAUUACAUAUUUGGUAACAGCAAAUGAUUUUGAUACGAUUCUUAAUUUCACAUUCACUCAACUCUCAUAAUCUGUUUAUCUGAAGCCAUUAGGCAAAGAAAUGUUGACUUUAAAUGUACACAUUAUUUAAACUAAAGGGUUUGCCCAUGUUAAAUAUUUAAACCCACAGUAAACAACCUCUCAUGCACACGCUAUGCUAGUCAGUCAUCACACUGUCCGUUCACACACACACACAAAAAAUGUGCACUGAAAAAAGAAAACUUCUCCCACCAUCAGGGCAGAGUGUGCGAUGGACAACCAUCCACCAUUACACUCCAGAGGAAGUGACUGGUCAUGACUGUCCUUGCAGGGAUGCUAUAGUUUCCUGCUAUUCAAAACCACACACAGUGUGUUCACAAACAGCUGUCCAGACACCCACACACCCACACACACACACACCAGGUGAAUCAGGAAUGACUGUGUCCCGUUAGUAAAAAAAAAAAAAAGCUCAUGUUGGUGCCGUGUGCAAGCUGCUGCCUUGCAUGCUUUUUACAGACCAGUUGAAAUCCACUGAUUUUUUUUAGCUUUUCCAGCAAAUACAUAACAAGUAGCAAUUUAUAAAAUGUGAAAUCUAAAAUUAUUAAUAAUAUGAUUAAUAUUAUAAUUGUUGUUUAAAAAGCCUAGCAGCCCAUGUUGAUUUGUAAGAGCAAUGGCUAGAAAACUACAGAAAGAAAUUAGCUUGUUUGAUGUGAGGUGAUUUCUAUGUUGUACAGCGCAACAGGGCUAAUGACAUUUCAGAGUGAGAGAGCGAGAGAGGAGUAGUUUGAUAGGGAUCAACUGAACUCAACAGCUAGCAGAGAAUACUGUUCUAGUACACAAAGCCAAAAAGCACUGCCCCAUACAGGAAACCAUGCCAAAGUGUUGUUAAAAAAGGGCAUACUGAUCCAGUCUCUCCAGAUGAACACCACAACACAGACAUGGAGAUACAACACAGCUGGGUCCAGUUGGAGUUCCAGAUGACCUGCAGGCCAUCCGCCUGCCCUCUGCUUUCUGUUGGCUCCAUCUUAUUCUUUAUCACCUCCUAUCUUGUAUAUCAAGGGUUUCAAUUCUGGAAUAGUUUUACUGUAGCGUAAAAAAAGACAGAUAUAGAUGUUUCUCUGUACCUUAAAGAAGUGCAAUUGAUUUAUUAUGUGCAAUAUUGUGUAUUUUAUACUGUUUUUAAAAAAACAACAAACAAAAAGGCAUUUAAUAUACAAAAUAAAAGAUGAAAAUAGUGA